AUGGCUCUCUCUAAAUCGACGAGGAUAUGCAUCCUCUUGGCAAUUGAUUCCGUCUUCUUCCUAAUCGAACUCAUCACGGGCUAUGCCGUUCACUCCCUCGCCCUUGUGGCCGACUCGUUCCACAUGCUUAACGAUGUCAUCUCCCUUCUCGUUGGUCUCUGGGCCGUCAAGGUGGCCAACCAAAAGACGACUUCCAAGAUGUACACCUACGGCUGGCAACGCGCCGAAACGCUAGGAGCUCUGGUCAACGGAGUCUUCCUGGUCGCCCUUUGCCUUUCCAUCUUCCUCGAAGCCAUUCAACGUUUCGUCGAGCCGCAAGAAGUCAGCAACCCCAAGUUUGUGCUGAUUGUAGGAUGUCUCGGUCUCGCCUCCAAUAUUGUCGGUCUCUUCCUCUUCCACGACCACGGCCACGGUGGCCAUAGCCACGGCGGUCACUCCCACGGCCACUCCCAUGGAUCCACCGAUGCCAUCAGCCAUGCCGAAGAAGGUCGCGCUCAGGACGAGGAUGCAGAUGUCGCCGAUGAGUCUGGAAAUGUCGCCGAUGUGCUGCCUCAGAGCAGAGUUGCAAACUGGCCCAAGUCCAAGAAAGCCUCAGCGGGCGCGCCUGGAGCCAGCGACGACGUCGAAGUCCCACAAUCUAGCCACCGCCGUCAAAAGUCCAAACACAGCAGCCGUUCUCGUUCCAGAGCUUACUCGGUCGAGGACGUGCCAGUCAACCCCUCGUCCUUCCGCCGUUCCAUCAUCGAAACCAGCAGGCUUCAGGACAUCGAAUCUGGUGAAAACACAGAGGAGUCAGCCGCCGAAGACGACAACGCAGACGAGACACCGCAGCAGCCGCUCAUCACUAAGGGUACAUCCAACGGCUACGGUAGCAUCCAGCAGUCGAAGCCAAUCGAUCACAAGCAGCACAAGCACAGGCAACCCAAGCAGUCGUCUGCUGGCGGCGGUCAUGGCCAUUCUCACGAUGAUCUCAACAUGCGCGGCGUCUUCCUCCAUGUCAUGGGCGAUGCUCUAGGAAACAUUGGUGUCAUUGCUUCUGCUCUAUUCAUCUGGCUUACCGACUACUCCUGGCGCUUCUACACUGACCCGGGCAUCUCACUCAUCAUCACCUGCAUCAUCCUCGCCUCUGCCAUCCCUCUUUGCCUUGCCGCAUCUCGCAUCUUGCUUCAAGCCGUUCCUGCUGGCUUGAGCGUUGACGACAUCAAGGAAGACAUUGAGGAACUACCUGGUAUUGUUAGUGCCCAUCACCUUCACGUGUGGCAGUUGAGCGACACCAAGCUUGUUGCAAGUUUGCAUGUUCAGGUCGAUUUUGACUUUAAGGGUGAGGGCUCGGCGAGAUACAUGGAACUCGCUCGCGCCAUUCGCGACUGUCUCCACGAGUAUGGUAUCCAUUCUUCCACCAUCCAGCCCGAGUUCUGCUUGGACCCUGAGCACGACCAUUCUGCACCCCUUGCCGACGGAACCCACUUUGCUGGCACAGAUGGCGCCUCCUCUCGUAAGACUUUGGACAGACAAGCCAGCAACGCGAAUAGUCUUCGUGCUGCCGCAGAUGCGUGCCUGCUAGACUGCGAUGAUGCCUGCAAUGGCAAGAGCUGCUGUGCACCUGCCUCUGCUGAGCCAUCGCAGGAGGAUGCUCACGAUCAUGAUCAUGAUCACGAUCACGACCAUGAUCAUGGUCACAGCCAUUAG